GCCUAUCCUCUUUGUGGUGGCCAUAUUUACAGAAAUAUAAUUAAACGUUAAUGUUUUCGGCUGAAGGACUUUGUUUCCAUGGCCAGCAAUAAAUUUAAAAAAAAAGUGUCAAUGUCACAAAUGAAGUCAAAAUUUGACGUACAACUACUUUACUUACCAUUUUGCGAAAUUGUUUUCAUUUCGUUAUUUGUUUACUUUUAUGGUGAAAUUGCAAACUUAUGAAGAAUUUACAUAAUUCGUGUCAUAGGGUAGGUGUGGAUUAUCUGGACUCGUGUACCGUGCUGUGCCGAAAGAAAUGAUCAAGUUUUGGAAAAGUGCAGCUAAAGGUAAAACAGGAUGUCCAGUACGGCCUCCCGAACAAGGAUGCUCAGAUCACAACAAUGCAAAAAUUUGUACCUUAUUGGAUACGCAACGGGGAGACGAUAACAAAGAUUUCAAUUGUACAUUUGCAAAGAAGUCAAAACUAACUCUGAAUUUACAUGACAUUUUAAUAGAAAAGAAAGCUCUCAAACAUUUCGUACAAUUUAUGGAAUCAAUCGAACAGAAUGUACUCAUCCAUUGUUGGCUGCAAUUAGACAACUUUCGGAGCCUAAUUUGUGGUGUAAAUCAUGAAGUUGAGAAUCAUUCUAAAAUAAGCAGAGCCAAAAGUUUCGACCUCCAUUGUAAAUGCAAACCUCAAGCUUCUCAAAGAUUUAGCUGGAGAGAAAGUGAUACAUUUUCUUCAUCCAGUGACUCAAAAUUUAAUAAAGUUGAUAGUUCAGUAGGUUCAUGUGGGAACUUAUCAGAAUAUUGUAACUCUGCAAAUUAUUGUGAGGUCUGUGAUAACAACAGCACUGUUAACCCUACUGAGGAAGCAGUGAACUUAUUUAAAAAAUAUGUGGCCCCAGAAGCGCCACACCUGCUGGACUUACCUGACAACUGUAGAAAAUUGGUGAUAUCCAACAUAUGCCAGCCAGAAGGUCAGAUCAAAGAAGACUGUUUUAAGCCAGUGCAAGAUGUAGUUUUUAAUAUAAUUGAAAAGAAAUACUUCAAUGAGUUCUCAAAUAGCACAUUUUACAUGAAAGCACAAAUCGACAUACUAUCAUGUGGCUCUCUUAACCUAGAGGACAUUCUGUACAAUGAUGCAAUAUUGUUCUUCUUUACAGAAUACUUAGAACAAGAAAAUUGCAGAAUCUUAUUGGAAUUUUUAAUAGCUAUUACGCACUUUAGAGACAACCUAUUGAAUGGAAAUAGCUCAAGUCCUGAACAAGCACAAGCUGAUGCUAUUGUGCUUUAUGAGAAAUAUUUUUCACUUCAAGCAACAACUCCUAUUGGUUUUCCUACUGAUAUUAGGUCACAAAUUGAAAGUGAUAUCUGCACAGAAGGAGGACCUCUUCCAACUUGCUUUGACAUACCAUACAAAAUUGUAUUUAGAACACUUACCAGGUAUGUUAAAACAUUUGUAGAAUCUGAGAUUUAUUAUAAAUAUUUGUCAGAAAUGAUCCAUUCUGUGGAUCAGUCAUCUAACAAUAAGUCCCAUUCAGAUUGUAGCAGCGAAUUUAGUAUAAGCACUCAAAAUACUCUGCUGGCCAUGGGAGACCCUGUCUUUCGUAAAAAGAAACGCAAUCAUUCUGUACCUGACAUGACUAUAGACUCUAAUCAAUUAUAUAAUGCUGAUGCCUUGUGGCAGAGGAAGAAGAAUGAUGGUUUAAGUUUGGGACGAGUGAAUAGUUUGGGAAGGUUUGAAUCAAGAUUUGAACCUGACCCAGAUAAGAAAGAUAAAUCAGUACUAAAGAAAAUGGUUAGUAAACUAGUGCCUACAACUUCUAGAGUUGAAGAGGAGAUGGCAUGGCAAAUCGCUCACAUGAUUGUUAAAGAUGUAACUGAUUUAACAAUGGCCCCACCCGACAAUGAAAAUGAUGAAGUAUGACUAUGUGAUUUUAUUGUUUAAAUAUAAAUUAAAUAUAUUUUGUAAAUGAACCUAAUUAUAAAUUCUGUUUAACUCUAGUUAUUAAUAAAAACAAUUUA